GUCAAGUGGAACGCAUAUGUCCACGUUUGAGCGUUACAGUUAAAACGCGAGCGUGACCGCUCUCGGGCUUCUCUCUGAUGUCAUGCAUCAAAGCAGAAGUUAUGGCGCCAAACGGUAGAAUUUCGACAAAAGAGUAGCAAAGAGAGACUUUCAGUUGUUUUUGGUGUUGUAUUUUAAUUCUUCGAAGUACGUAUACGUAAAGACUUUUAAUCGUUACGAGGAUUCGUAUCAAUAUACGAGAACAAUGUCUUCUUCCAAAAAUCUAAGAAGAUCUUCACGUAUAAAAGCUUCUUCUUUUGUACGGAAGACGUAUACGGAGGACAGCGACGAAGAAACAUACGAGAGAUCUUCACAAAGUAAUGUAUUAAGAGACGAAAUAGAAAAGCAGCUUGAGGAUGUAGAAGAAGAUGUGCAAAAACCUCUCACGUUAUUUUCUAAGAAGGACGUAAGCGGACGAAAACUCUAUGGAUUUCAUACACCUACAAAGAGGGACAGUAUGAUACUGAAAGCCAAUGAAUGUCGAUCGUCGAGUACCAACUUCCACGAAUGCGUGACACCAAGAAGCUUGAAGACACUUCCAGUUUUGAAGGUUGUUCUUGAGAAUAUUAAAAUAAGUCCAGAAGAGAAAGAAUCUUUUCUGAAGGGUGCCAGUAAGAAAGUCACAGCAGUUGGUCGAAAGCAAUACCUGCCUAAUGUGCACUCAAGUGGUGAUGAAAGUGUCUCGGAGGACAGCGAGUACAUACCUAAUGAUACCGAAGGUAGUUCAGAAUCUGAUGAGGAGUCUCUGAGCAGUACAGACAGUGAAAGUUCCGAUGCGGGAGAGAGAGAGAACGAGGCCAGGAAAAGAAUCAAACGAGACACAGUGCAAAAGGCUCCGCCGAAAUGUGAAGUACCGAGUACACCUGCACGACCAACCAGGAGGUGCAAGGCUGUUGCCUGCAAAGACUAUCACAUAAAAACUGACGAAUACUUUGCGUCCCAAUCGGAGAAGGUGGUCACGUCCGAUCGUACCUUGGGAAGGCUGCGCAGCGGUCGUCUCACUAAAGAGACGUUAGAGGAACUGUUGUCGAACGAAAAUCACAUUUCCGGGGUACACAAAAGACGUAUAUGUUCGUUAACGGAAAAUUGCAAAUCGUUCUUUCGUACGUGGCACUUCAUAAUGGAGGAAGGAUACAACCUUCUGCUCUAUGGUCUGGGCUCGAAGAGGAACCUAAUCAACGAUUUCCACCACGAGGUCGUGGCAAACCAUCCUACAUUGGUUAUUAAUGGAUUUUUUCCCAGUUUAACGGUCAAGGAUAUACUCGAUAGCCUAAUCGUGGAUUUGCUGGAUCUCGACUGCCCGACAAAUCCUAACGACUGUCUCGAGCUUAUCGAAAGAGUCUUGGGAGAGAAUGCGGACGAUCGACUCUACCUAAUAAUUCAUAAUAUAGAUGGGCUGAUGCUGCGUUCCGACAAGGCCCAGGAUGUCCUUGCCAGUCUAGCGGCGAUUCCCAACAUUCACAUUAUAGCGUCUGUCGAUCACAUCAACGCACCGCUUCUUUGGGAUCAUACAAAACGCGCAAAGUUUAACUUCUACUGGUGGGAUGCAACGACAUUACUGCCAUACCAGGCUGAAACCGCGUACGAAAGUUCUCUGUUGGUCCAACGAAGCGGCGCGCUCGCCUCGUCUUCCCUUCAGAACGUCUUCCUCUCUCUCACUUCAAACGCUCGAGCCAUCUAUUUGAUCCUCGUGAAAUAUCAACUGAACCACAGCAGCGGUAAUUUUACAGGUAUGCCGUUCAAAGAUUUAUAUCGCGCGGCUCGGGAGCAGUUCCUGGUCAGUUCGGACUUGGCACUGCGAGCGCAACUAACCGAAUUUGUGGAUCACAAAUUAGUACGGACUAAGCGCACGUUCGAUGGUGCCGAGCACGUUACGAUUCCUCUCGAUAAAAGUCUUCUUAAACAAUUCAUGGAACAACAUGGGUCAUAAAAAUAAACCGUAAUAAAUCGUUGGACUUGAGAGUUUAAGGAAGCAUGUGUGAUUUUAUAAUAUCAUUAAGUUAAAUAAAUAUUAAAUUUAAUAAU